GUUUACUUCAUUUUAUACACAAAAAUGACAGAAUCUUCUUCGUCAAACACGAUUCCACCUGCUCUGGCUUUUUUAGUCUCAAAUUUCCACUCGUUAGUGAAUAUCAAACUAGAUUUUGGAAAUUAUUUGCUAUGGAAGAUGCAAGUGGUGAAUGCAUUACGAGCAAAUGGUUACAUAGGGUUUCUAAAUAGAAGUAAUCAGUGUCUUUCUUCUACAACUCAUGAUUCUUCAAAUAAUACUGUUGUGAAUUCAGAAUAUACCAAGUGAAUGUUGAUUAACAAUCAACUGUUAUCAUGUUUGACUGCAAGUCUAUCUUCAACUACUCUAUCGCAUGUUCUAGGGCUUGAAUUCGUGUCUUAAGUCUGGUUUUCUCUAGCACAGAGAUUUAAUUCUCUCUUUAAGUCACAUAUUCAUGAGUUGAAAAAUAGAUUGUACAAUGUGAGAAAAACUGGUUCAAUGGAUGGUUAUAUUGAUGAGAUUAGAGAACAUGCACAAAGAUUAGAGGCAGUGGGACAUCAUGUUGAUGAUGAUGACUUAGUGUUUUACACCCUGAAUGGUUUGCCAAAAGAAGAAUUCAAACAACUUAGAACAGCCAUUGGAGCUAGAGGUGGAGACAUUGCUUUUGAGGAGUUAACCACAAUUCUUCAUUCUGAAGAGUCUAGGAUACACAAGGAAGCAUCUACUUCUGCCAAGGUGUUUGUUGCAGCAUCCAAAAUUCUUGAAAUACCUAAGACUCAGGUGUUUGACACGAAUGCAUCAUCUGUUGUGACUUGUUUUCUGGAAAUAAUAGAGGUUCAACAUCCCAAUUUUAAAUGUUUCAGCCAGUUAAUGGGCCAGGAUAUCAAAUGUUUCAACCAGUCAAUGGACGAAGGCCUUUUUAUCCACAAUCUUUUCCAAAAACAAACCAAAGCAACAAUUAUGAUGGUGGCUUUAACAGAAAUAGAGGAGGGAAAGGAUUUGGUUUUGGAAACAAUCAGAGACCAGAGUGUCAAAUUUGUGGAAUAAAUAAUCAUACAGCUAUGUACUGUUAUUACAGGCAGAAUAUGCAGUAUCAAGCACCACCUAAUGUUCAGUUUGAAUCAUCUCCACCACCAUUUAUGAUUGGAAGGCCUGGUCCAUCAACUUGGUUUGGCAAUCAAGAGGGGUAUUCAGCUUUUGCUCAACCAAGUUAUGCACCUUUUCCACAAAAUACAGUGAUGAACAAUAGUUGGAGCAAUGGAUUUAAUGGUUAGUUUGGAGCAUCUAGUAGCCAGUUUGGAGGUUCUCAUGGAUAUAACAGUGGACAGUCUUCUUCUCAGUUUCCUAGACCUGUAGUCUCAUCUCCUUUUACUCCUUCAGUGGCAAAUAUAGUUCAUCAUGGAGGAUACCAAGGGAUACAGGGUGUUACUAAUGAAAACUCAUCUGUAGUCACUCUAAAUUGGUAUUUUGACAAUGAAGCUUCAGCCCAUGUUACCAACGAUUUAGCCAAUUUGUAGAUUUAUCAGCCUAGUCAUGCUGAAGAGGAUGUUGUAGUUGGAAAUGGAACUUCUCUUCCUGUGCCCUAUGCUGGACAAUCAAACUCUCCAAGUUCUUCACAAGGGGCCCUGCCUCCAUGGUUUGUACCUAAUUCAGACCUUCUUUAGGUCUGUUUCUCGCUCCACAAAU